GGCAGCUGCACUGGGGGCCCCCACCAUGGACGACGAGGCCAAGAAGGGGAAGAAGGGCUUCGUGUCGCCCAUCAAGCGCCUGGUGUUCCCCAAGGCGGCGCGGCGGCCCGCCCCCCGCGGCAGCGCCUACCGGCGCCCGCUGCACUCCGUGCCCCUCUACCCCCCCGACUACCUGAUCGACCCCCAGAUCCUGCUGCACGACUACGUGGAGAAGGAGGUGAAGUUUUUAGGCCACCUGACAUGGGUGACAUCCUCCCUGAACCCCUCCAGCCGUGACGAGGUGCUGCAGCUGCUGGAUACAGCCAGGCAGCUGAAGGAGCUGCCCCUGCAGACGACACCCGAGCAGGACAGCAUCCUCAGCCUCUCUGCCCGCUGCCUGCUGCUCACCUGGCGCGACAACGAGGAGCUGAUCCUGCGCAUCCCCACCCAUGAGAUCGCCGCCGCCUCCUACCUGCGCGACGAUGCCCUGCACCUCCUCAUCCUCAAAACCGGCCUGGGAGUGGACCCCGUGCCCGCCGGAGCGCACCCCGAGAUGGCUCCACUUGGCCUGCCAGAAGCCUUCCCCGACAAGAAGCGUCCGGGGGGGUCGUGGCCGGAGGGCGGGCGGCUGGGGGGCGCCAUGGAACGGCGCCACACCAUCUGCAGCCUGGACUGGAGGGUGGCUCGGGGCGGGCAGGAGGCCCGGCAGGGAGGCAGCCUGGAGCGGCGGCGGGGUGGCAGCUGGGAGAGGAGGCAGCGCGGGAGGCCCUCGGGCAGCUGGGAGCGGCGGCAGCCCUGCGGCGGCAGCUGGGAGAGGAGGAGAGCUGGCACCGCGGGUGGCAGCUGGGAGCGUGGCACCGGCUUCGGCAGCUGGGAGCGGCGGCACGCUGGCAGCAACCCUCUGGACCCCCAGGAGCCUUGUCCCGAUGCCUACUCCAACCUCAUCAUCCUUGCCGUGCCCAACAGGGACGCUGGUGAGGAGUCCUGUGCCCUCAUCUGCCAGGUCUUCCAGAUCAUCUACGGGGACCAGAGCAUUGAGUGCGUGGACCGGGCCGGGUACCACUACACCUCCACACCCACCCGGCCCUGGCUCUCCAGCAGGAGUGACAGCUGCCGCACAGAUGGGACCUAUGGCUACGAUGCAGACUUCAGCUGCUGCAGCUCCUUCAAUGGCUCCCAUGAGACCUUUGAGGCUUAUUACAGUGGCACCUCCUCGCCCUCCUUCCACCGGUCCCACCACAGCCUGGCCACUGCCUGCAGCGGCAGCGACCAGAGUGGCACAGGGCUGGAGCAGCUGCAGGAGUACAUGGUGACGCUGCGCAACAAGCUGUCGCCGCAGGAGAUCCAGCAGUUCGCCCUCCUGCUGCGCGAGUACCGCCUGGGCACGCCGGUGCAGGAGUACUGCGCGGAGCUGCUCCGCCUCUACGGGGACCGCAGGAAGUUCCUCCUGCUGGGGAUGAGGCCCUUCAUCCCCGACCAAGACAUUGGGUACUUCGAGACCUUCCUGGAGAGCAUCGGGAUCCGGGAGGGUGGGAUCCUGACCGACAGCUUCGGCCGCAUCAAGCGCAGCAUGAGCAACACCUCGGCCUCGGCCGUGCGCAGCUACGACAGCGCCUCCCUGCGCUCCGAGGCGGAGUCCUUCAACCGCAUCAUCACUGACAUCACCCACGACAUCGAGGCGCUGGCGAGGGAUGAAGAGGAGGAGGAGGAAGAAGACAACUACCUGUGAGAGAGCUCAGAAGCCCAGCAGUCCUCUCGCUGCUCACCAACAUCGCAUCAGAGAAUCGCUUGGGCUGGGAAAGCCUUCUGAGAGCAUCCAGCCCCCAG